AAGCCACAUUCUUUACCAUUUUUCUUAAACAAGCCAAGCAACCUUCUUGCCCAUUUACCACCCUCACUUUCUUGGAAACCCUUAGAAAGUGUGAAAAGCUUUAAAACAAUAAGAGAAACCUACAAGCAUCUUCUUCAUCACUACUGAUACAGCAUCAUAAAAGGGAAGAGUAGGCAAGGAUCUCAAUUCUUGUGGGAUUACAGAGGGAAAUGAAAUGGGGUUCAAGAAAUUGGGAUUGUUCUUUUUGGUGAUAAUGAUCUUGUUUCAAAUUCAUCUUCACGUUCAUCUUCUGCAUGCACAUCCCUUGCAAAAUACCUCCACUGCCGCUACUGACUUUCAUCAGGAACCAAAUUCUACAGACCAAAAAAUUAGCAGAGACAAAGGGAUGACAGGAAAGUUUGAAGUUGCAAAAGGGCUUCAGCGGCUCGUCUCAGUAAACAGGAGGGGUGGAGGUGGUGGUGGCCAUGGAGGAGGUGGUCAUGGAGGUGGACAUGCAAGCCAUUCCACCGGAAGCAGCGCACAUGGCGGAAAGAUUAAUGGUCAUGAGGGAUACAGGCAUGGUUCAACUGUCGUUCCUCUCUAUGCUGCUGGGGCUAUGAGCCAUCACCAAAAUAAUAAUCACCAGCGCCAUGGUUCUAAUGAAGGCUCCCAGAGCUACGCUGGUUCCAGUUAUUUGGUUCUCGCAGCCUUGGCCGUUAUCUUCACAAGUAUUUUCCGUUAGCUUACAAUUGUAGUUUUUGUACAUCAUGUCUUUAAAUAUUACGAAAUGCAUAAAUAAUGCCUCGCUUGGCUUGCUUUA